UGUUUGAAAACAUAUAAAUAUAAAUAAAUUUUGUAAUUGAGAAAUUAAACUAUUGUUUUUUUUUAAAAAAAGUUAUUUAAUUUAUUUAGAAAAAAUUAAUUAAUAUAAUAGUCUUUUUUAUUAAUGAAUAAAACCCAGAAAACAGCAUUAUUUUCGGUGUUGGCCGGUGUCGGUCAUGUCAAUGCCUGUAUAGCACUGGGACAGCGGCUACUGGACAGCGGCAACUAUCGGGUAGUGUUUGCCGUCAACGAGCAAUGGAAAGGUAAACUACUGGUGUAUGGCUUCGAGGAGAUCAUUGCAGAGGUUGACAAACCCGAUGAUAGUGAUGAUGACGAUAAUAAUAAAAAAAAUAGUAAUCCGGCCAAACAUUUUGCCAGUAGACUCUUGGACACGGGUUUGUUUGAGGACAAGUCACCGGUGGAAGUGUUGAUAACAGUAGAAACAAAAAUAUUGAAUAAAUUAGAUCCGGUUAAACAUUUAGACAAACAAUUGGAAACAGUUAUCCAAGAUAUCAAACCCGAUGUCAUACUAUUGGAUCAGUUUUAUUGUUUGCCAUCAGCCGAGUUGUCUGGUAUACCAUUGGUAUGGAUAUGGAGUGCCGGUCCAUUGUUUAUCAAUGAUGACGAUAGACUACCGCCCUCUCAAUCAGGUUAUUCAUGUACUAGUGAUGAAAAACUAUGGCAAGAGUUUAGAAAAAUUAAAUAUAAUUUGAUUGAAGAAAAAUGGAAAGAAUGGAAUGAUUACAUCAUAUCGAGAGGUUGUCUACCAUUGCUCAGGGAUCACGACUUAACCACACAACACAAAUGGCCGACAAUAUAUGGUUUUCCGAAAGAGCUGGACUAUACUGAUAUCGUGCCGUUACGUAAAAAUUACAUACCGUUUGAUAAUCUUAUGCGCCGUGAAGUAAAUAUUGAAAAAUUUGAAAUACCAGAGCAAUUGCGAGACAAACCGGGAAAACUCAUAUACUUUUCGUUGGGAUCUAUGGGCGCCGUUAAUGUCGAUAAUAUGAAACGAUUAGUCGCUAUAUUAGCUAAAUCAAUGCAUAGAUUUAUUGUAUCGAAAGGACCGUUAGGUGAUGAGUACGAACUGCCGGACAACAUGUGGGGUCAGUCAACAGUGCCACAGGUAUCAGUGUUGCCGUUAGUCGAUUUGGUCAUAACUCACGGCGGAAACAAUACGACUACCGAAACGUUUAAUUACGGAAAACCUAUGAUUGUGUUACCACUGUUUGCCGAUCAGUUCGAUAACGCACAGAGAGUUCAGGAUCUGGGUUUAGGUAUCCGUUUGAAUGCCUAUAAGUGUACGGAUGAGGAACUGUUGACUGCCAUUGAAAAGCUAUUGAAUGACAACGAGUUGAAUGAAAAGUUGCAGAAAAUAUCACAACGAAUCCAAUCGGAUAAUAGUUUAGACAAAUUUCCACAAAUUAUUGAUAACUAUUUGAAAGAUCCGUCAAUUUAUUUAUAAUAAUUUUUACUUAAUCUUAUUGCUACUGAUAUUUAAAAACAUUAUACAAUAUAUACAGUUA